CCGGGAGAAGAGUUACUCCCGGGACUGGACCCCUGGGCUGGUUAGUCUGGUGAGACGCUAACAGAGGCGGUGUACGGGAUUCUUCUCUUGGAGCGGCAGCAAGAUAAAAGGGUUAGCCAUGGCGUCUCUGAUCAGAAAGGUGAUCAGCACUGCGAAAGCCCCAGGGGCCAUUGGUCCCUACAGUCAAGCCGUGUUAGUCGACAGGACCGUUUACAUUUCAGGACAGCUAGGCAUGGACCCUGCAAGUGGACAGCUUGUGCCAGGAGGGGUGGCAGAAGAAGCCAAACAAGCUUUUACAAACUUGGGUGAAAUUCUGAAAGCUGCAAGCUGUGACUUCACUAAUGUGGUAAAAACAACUGUUUUGCUGGCUGACAUGAAUGACUUCAACACUGUCAAUGAAGUCUAUAAGCAGUAUUUCAAGGGUAGUUUUCCUGCAAGAGCUGCUUACCAGGUUGCUGCUUUGCCCAAAGGAGGCCGUGUGGAGAUUGAGGCAGUCGCUGUCCAAGGACCUCUCACAACAGCGUCGCUAUAAGUGGGUCCGGCGUUAUUUAGUCUGGAAUUUUAACAAUGUCUUCAAAUUAACAUCUUAAUUUUUACAGUCGACGUUGGAAAGUUUAUGAUUGACUUAAACAUUUGAGGUCAUUAUGGAAAUACCAUAUAAUAAGGGGAAUUAAGCAUGCGUGGGGGAUCAGAUGACAACUCCAGUUACUGGUGUAAUAAAUCACACGCACACUCAUGUUCCUGGAUGUGGGGAAAGAGACGCUCAUUAUAUACUUACGCAAAUAAAUGAAAGUAAAGGGAAAUAAAUCAUAAGAGAGAGGAGUUGUUACUAUUCCUGAUAAAUAAUUAAGAGCACUUGUAAUUCAGUUAAAUCCUCUUAAUUUAAUGAUGUGAAAUAGUUCUCUUGUCAGCUAUAUAAUUCUGCUUUUACUUGAGUGAACUUAAAGUACUGAAAUUUGAAUGGUAGAGGUAAAGGAGAAGGAAGUGGACCACAAUCUUAAUAGAUAAUAUUUUUCUAAUGGAAAUAAAAUAGACGUGCAGAUUUU